AGAAAAUUGAAAAAGAAUAAGAAAGCAUCCAAUUUUGGCUCUCACUGGAAACUUAAAACUCUUGACGCAUGAUGGCUAUGCUGUCCUAAAGACUCAUACAGAGUAACUCUUCAUCAUGUCGAUCCUCUGGGCUACAGUCUACAUCACUGUGCAGUUCUUCCAUAUUUGUUUAUUUUGAAAUGCUGAUAGCUAUUGUAGUAAUUAAUCAGAAUUUUCUGGACGUGAAUACAUGAUGAUAAGGUUAAAGCAUGUGUGCUGAAAGCAUCUGAUUCUGACCAAUUGUAUGGGUAGCAUCUAGUUUCAAUUUUGUUAAUAGGGUGUAUCCUUUCCAAUUAUCUCCUUCACAUCCAUUCAACCUAACUUCAUCGACAAGCUGCCACCCAGUAUUUCUACAGAAGAAUUUCACAGCUUCCAGAAGGAUUCCUUUAGAAACAAUGAUUUUAGAGAGAGUGAAUCUUUUGAAAAACUUUAUCCUUUCAUGAUGCUCCUUAAGAUGUUCAUCGAAAUCCAAUGUUUAGUAACAUUUUUUAGAAAAUAUUCCAUUUCAAUGGUGGAGAUGAAAAGUUCUAAUACCUAGCACAAGAAGCCUCCACGUUUUAACUUCUCCUUUUAUUCUUGUAGCAUCCAUUUGUACAAGCCACGAAUAUGAUUAUGAUCAGAUAAUAUCAACAAUCUGAUAUGGUUUGAUUUGAAUUGGCUUUUCUGCUGUUGGAUCCGUUUGAAAAUCUCUGUUUGGACCAAUCUUUUACCCUAUAUUAAAAAAAUAAUAAAGAAUUCUACUAGAAAGGAAUAAUCAAGGGAACUGCAAGGUACUAGAGAUAACAAGAACGAAGUCCCGGAGUUGAUCGAGUUCUUUCUCCCGAAUGGAGCCAAUAGCUACAUGCAGGACUAGAAGAUCUUCCAGGUCUUCUUCAUGUGAGAGGCUUAUGUUCAUAGGCUUAGGCCUUCUUGCUGUGAUUUCCCCUCUAUAUAUCAACCGGAGACCAGUGAUAGAAUCGGAGGAUGAUGAACGACCCAUAAAUCUGUCUUCAUGGUUGCCUUUGCUGCUCUUGGUGCUGAUCUUGGCCAUUGCUUUAUCCCUUUCUGCGGACAAGAACUUUACAAGGACUAGCAAGUUUUCGUCAUAUGAGAGGCUUGUGGGGAUUGGCAUGGGCCUUCUAGCAGUGAUUUCACCUUUGUUCAUCAACCGGAGACCAGAUAUUGAUCCAGAGCUUGAAGAACAAUCCAUCAACCUGGCUUCUUGGUUGCCUCUGCUACUUUUGGUCCUGAUCUUGGCUAUUGCUUUGUCACUGUAUUUAGACCAGAGCCUUACCAGGUUUGAUGCUUAUUGGAUUCAUAGAAUUGGUGGAUCUUCUGGUGGAAUCAUUAUAAUCCUUGUGAUUCUUGCUCUGGUUUUGAAAUGCAAGGCUUCUCAUGGGGGAAACUCCGGAUGAAACAGGGAGAACAAGCAACUUUCUGUCAAAAACUUUUCACUACUCCCAACGUUGAAGGAUAAUUUUCCUUUGAAAUUUAAAAAAUCUUGCUUAUCUCGCAAUUGGCCUAUUUGUAUAUGUGCAUCUCCCCAAACAAGCUAAUUAGUAUUUAGCCUAGCAAUAAGAAGUUCUGUAGUUCCAGGAUGAACAUGAAAAGCCUGUCCCGGCAACUAUCAAUGUGAAAUUUUCCAUUUAAAUAUGUUAGUUUAAAAGCGUUGCAAAUUAAUUUAAAGUUAAAUGUGAUAUAAUUAGUCAUAAGAACUAAAAAAUAUUUAAAUUUUUUCCUUUUACAU